AGGGCGCAAUUACGAAAACAAAAUUUGUCACACACAAACACAAACAAAAGCGUGGUUUUACAAGAAACGAAGCUUUUAGUAAUUUAUAGUCAGAUCUACUCUAGGCUUUUUAAUAAAAAUGCCGAAAUCUAAGGAGUUCCUAGAAUCGUCAGACGACUCUGAUACUGAAAAGCCAGUAGCCAAAAAAUCUAAAAAAGAAGGCAAAAAAAAGUCAAAAGAGUCUUCAAGCAAAGAUGAAGAUCCCAACAGGUUUGAACUAUCCAGAACAAGGUUUGUUAAUGUCAGAGAAUUUAAGGGUAAAGUGCUCAUUGAUAUCCGUGAGUACUAUGAGGCUGGUGGUGAAAUGAAACCUGGAAAGAAAGGAAUCAGCUUGUCUGUGGAUCAGUGGAAAAAAUUAAAAGAGGUAGUGGAUGAUGUUGACGACAGUAUUAAAGAGCUUCAGUGAAUGUGAAGUCAUCGUGUUAUAUACAUUAAAUUGUGACAUUAUAAGUUAAACUAUGACUUUUACCAAAGGCACAAUUUAUUUUUUUGCCUGUGUUUAACGAUUCCUUACCAUUUGCAUCAUCUUUUAGUUGCGAUGUUGUUUUGCUUGUAGCUACAUCGCCUUCAUAGUACACACAGAGUGGCGGAUCCAGAAUUUGGUGAAAGAGCGACCUCCUGCACAACCAAAAAAAAAAUCACUACCAAGUGUGAAAUUAUUUACAGACGAAAAUGGCUAAAAUUUCCAGGGUGCAUGGAACUAUGAACUCUAUAAGAGAUUAGGGAACACCCCAACCCUCCACCCUUGGACCAUAGGUCCUAGAUUACUGCACAUUCCCCCGUCUAAUAAAUCUUCGUUUUGCUACUGAUACAGGAAACUUCUCAUGCUAUAAAAUAACAUUUCUUAUGGCUAACAUUAUUUGUAUGUAAUAAUCUGGAAAUUGUAUGAAAUCUAAAUGAUAAUAAUAAUACGAAUACGCUUUUUAAAAAACAA